GGGCGGAGUGACGAUCUUCAUUCGUCAACAACAAAGGCAAGCGGCUGCCACUAGCUGGCAGUUAGUUUACUAGCCGAAGGCGAGCUCGGGAUUAAAGUCAAGAGGCGUCAAAGCCGGAUGGGCGUUGUAAUUUUCUGGUGCACGAUACAGAGGUUGUGAAAAAAUGUCUUGCUGUUGUGGGGACGACGAAGACGAACGCCCUGAACCUACCCGGGUCCGCGGCUGUACGGAUAUUUUCUGGUUAUGUCUUUUUAUUCUGUUUUGGUUUUUAAUGAUAUUGAUAGCUGCAUUUGCAUUGGUUUAUGGUAAUCCAAUUCGUUUGAUAAAUGGGUUUGAUAGCUUUGACAAUACAUGUGGUGUAAAAAACAACAAGAAGUUUGGGAACAUGGAACUGUCCGGGCAAGACACCAGUGAUAAACCAUACUUGUUCUUCUUGGAUGUGGCAAAUUUGAAGGACUCGUUGAAAAUCUGUGUUAAAGAAUGCCCGGAUCGUAACAUGGAAACAAUGGAACAGGUUUGCCAGUUCUAUAAAGAUACAGGAUCACAGCUGUGUCAUGAUAGACCAGGAAGUAAAUUCAGCGCAUGCACCAGUCAGAAUUCAAAAGAUAAGACCGGAGCGUGCCCAGUGCUUCCUGUUUAUAAUAGUACUGUCAUACUGAAUCGCUGCAUUCCAAGAGCUAUAGGGAAAGUUGCAGAGACUAUAGCUUCCAACGUUUAUGGAUUAAUCAAUUCAUGGGAUGCAAUUGAACAAAUUUUAGGAGAUUUAUAUAAAACUUGGAGAGAAAUUGUUGCUUUAUCUUUUCUUGCUUUUGUGUUGUCCUUGUUCAUGAUCGCUAUAUUCCAUUUAUUGGCAAGCAUCGUGAGCUGGAUAGUAAUGAUCCUAGUCACAGUAUCCUGUAUCGGUGGUACCGGUUUGCUGUGGUGGACAUACAUACGUAUCAAAAUUAGAUUGGAUGAAACAAAUCCUAAUGAGCUAUUAGAAGAGUCCGUACGCAAUGGAAAAGCAUUUCUGAUUUAUUCAAUUGUAGCAACUAUUCUAACUAUCAUUUUACUGUUUCUGCUCUGUUUUCUACGCCAUCGCAUCAGUAUUAUGGCUCAACUGUUUAAGGAAAGUGCAAAAUGUCUAGCAGAACUUCCUGGCUUAUUUUUCCAGCCAUUACUAACAUUUCUAUCACUACUAGUGUUUUUUGCAUUCUGGAUAACUAUAGUUCUCUGCCUCGCUACUGCCAAUUAUCCUGGAAUAAAAAAAGUGCCAAUGUUAAUGAAGGAUCAAGUGACUGAUGAAGUGACAUUGACGACAUCAUCGGGUCGAAACGAUUCUAUUAAUUACAAAAGUCCACAAGGGAUUCUACUAACUGUGAGAACAUUUUUAGCUUUUACCCUUGUAGAAUAUGUUGAUUCUACCUGGGUCAAGUACAUGUGGUGGGUUUACAUUAUCGGAUUAAUAUGGAUUUCCGAAUUCAUAAUUGCUUGCCAGAAUAUGGUAAUUGCUGGAGCUGUUGCUCAUUGGUAUUUCAGAGGAAAAGAUGCCAGUCUUUCCCCGGUCUGUUCAUCCAUGGGUAAACUGGUCAGCUACCAUCUAGGCUCUGUAGCAUGUGGUUCACUAUUGAUCACUAUCUUUAAAGUGCCUCGACUCAUUCUUACUUACCUCCAUGCAAAGUUUGAAAAAACCAAGGAAACAUCCCCAUGUGCCCAAUGUGGAUUGAAAUGUUGCAUAUGUUGCUUUUAUUGUUUAGAAAAAUUCAUACGGUACAUGAACCACAAUGCAUACACAGUAAUAGCAAUUGAAGGGACACAUUUCUGCAAUGCUGCUAGGAUUGCCUUUACAACGCUGGUCAGCAAUGCUUUGCAGAUAGCAGUAAUAAACGGUAUAGGAGAUUUCAUUCUCUUCUUGGGUAAAUGUUUUGUAACUGCAGCUACUGGAAGUGUCGGAUUGUUAUUCCUAAGGCAGGAUCCAACGUUACAUUUUUAUGCAGCACCAAUAUUUGUCAUUUGCGUAUUUGCGUUCUUCAUUGCACACAGUGUCAUCUCACUUUAUGAGACUGUAAUCGACACCUUAUUUUUGUGCAUUUGCGAAGACAAAAAUCUACAUGGAGAAAAUGGUAAAUGGCGACAAUCUGCUCUGGCUAACGUAGGAUCAGCUAAUCCUAGCACCAACGGUCAACAGUCACUCGAGUUGUCUCCAAUCAACCAAUAAGUAUUAAAAAGUCUUUUCUCGUCUGUUCUAUUCUACUGUUCUAUUAAGGUAGGUAUUUACUUCCCCAAUACGAGCUGAGAUAUACUAUAGUUAAACAAUAUUCUUAUUUAUGUGUUUUGAGAAUUUUAUAUCAUUCUUUACGAAUUUCAUAAUACAAACUUUGGUUACCUAUUUUUCACGCAAUUUACGGAACAGUUUUUUUUUAAAUACUUUUUAUGAAACAUUAUCUAUAGAUAUCAUAAACCUGGUUUAGUUAUGAAUAUUACAUAUACGAAUCAAUAGAUAUAUUUGGAAAUUCAAUGCUGGCCAUUCUCUGGCUAAGCAUUUUUUUAACGUGAGUUACUUGCAAAAAAAUAAAUUUGCUCACUUUUUUCGAGCUUCUUAGCAUUGUAAAUUUUCUGACUACAUCUAACGUAAAUAUUAUGAGAAUAACUUAUCAUCGAUAUCAUCAGUGCAAUCAUAGCAUAUACACAUCUUUUUAGUAAUUUUACAAUCACGCACAGUUCACUUUAAGACAGUUUGAACUCUGGUUUUUUUCCAUCCGUUAAAGUCUUUCUAAUAAUAAAUACUUCCUCAAUAAUAUUCAAAUUUACUAUGCACAUCAGUUAUCUUGAAUAACAUAAAAUUUUUGUCAAGUUUUACUUCACGUACCUUAAACGUUCAAAAUAUUAGAGCUAACAGGAAAUAUUGAUUGUCGUAAAUACAGCAUAUACUAGAAUUACGAACACCGAUUAGUGAUAAUAAAAAUAUAGUGAUACACAAAAACAUUGUGCACAAUUUGUGAAUAGAAUUAACUGCAUAUAACAUUAUCCUGUUUAAGUGCCUCUAAUUUCGCAUGCAUUCCAAAAUAUCUGGACACGAAUUCGAAUAGCUGAUCGAGGCUUUCGAGAAAACAAUCAAUACUUUCACAAUUGUGAUAUAGAUGUUAACCAUACCAUCUACAGAAAAAUAUUGCCUAUUGAUAGAAGUACAAAAUUCAACAUAUUUUUUUUUUCUCAAAUUACAUGAUUCUCAAACGAAAAUUAAAUGAAAGACUUUUCCAUAUCAUGACUCUCAAUUUAUUUCCUUAAAGAGACAACUAUUCGGUGGUUCUUAACUCUUGUUAAAUAAUUCACAAUUUUUUCUGUUCAUAAAUAUGUAACAAAUAAUCCAAUGUUAAUAAUUUGCAAAAAUCAUUCAUGUUGUUUAACAUUUUGAAGAUUAAGACUUUUAUGAACAAGGUUGUAUUUUCUAUUUGUACCGUCCAGGAAUAUUGUACAACACACGUCUGAACCAUUUACUCGCAGUUUCAUUCAGAUACAUUGUCUACUGUCUAGAUUAAAUGGAAUUACUUUGUACAUACAUACGUAGGUAUAAGCAAACACGCUUUUCGCGAUUUGUUAUGAUCAUAAAAUAUAUAUUUGUGGUAAUAGAAUAUUUUUUACAAGAACUGUUAUUAAGUUUAUCACACAAAAUUUGUAGCAAUUAUACGAUUGCGUUGAUUAUGAAGAAAGUUAUUGGCUUACCAUAUGAUAGUACUAAUAUUUCUAUUUUGAAUGAUUUUGGCAGGCUGUUGUAGAAACGUACAUCAGAAGAAAUAAUACAUUUUGUCGGGAGAGAUAUAUACAUAUAUAGGCAUGAAUAUAUUUCUGCGUGUGAUAUUUAAUAAAUUGUUAUAGGUUUUUUAUAACGUUCUAAUCCUCAAUAAGAUUUUUAUGAAGAAAAUAAUGGAUUUUGAUACUUUUUAAGGCAUCGUGAGCUAUCCUAUGGCAUUUACUCACUGCUGUUCGAAGAUGCUUCUAACUUUAAUGUAAUACCUGAAUCUAAAUUAAGGAACCAAUAUUAUACACUGAAGUUUACAUUUGAAAGUGAACAUAAUUUUAAAUAAAACAACUACUAACAUUCACACGAAGGAUUUGGCAUUCGUAAUUGACAGUAAUUAUACACGAUAAUAUUUUAUAUGCAUGUAUUUUAUUACAACACAGUGCGGCAGAAGUUCGUACAAUAAAUUCGUUCAAUUUUUAA